AUGUCAGUGCAUCUUAUGGAGCGAAUAUGGAGCGGCCGGUCCGGUAUUUCCACCGCCGCCGUGUCAGAAUACCGGGCCGGCCGCUCAGCUCUGCAGCGGGACCUUCUGUUCCUCUAUCCAGCGGCGCGCUGUCUUCCCGGCUUCUGUAGUGUGGGCACUGGGCAUGACAGCCGUGGGUGCCAAGUGCGCAUGCGCAAGAAGCGGUGCUUUUUGUGAAUGGUAAGGCGGUACCUAGGACACAUGACAGAUCCCAGAAGCCGCCGGACCAAUCACAAAGCACAAGU